GUCACGUUGUUACAGAAAUUUUUGUGGGGUCUAAAAGCCUUCGUUUACCACUCGUAAUGGAAGAAAGGAUGAGAAGCAGACUUGAUAAGCCUGUAACUUUGCAUUUUGGUCCCUAUUGGGCUUGGGGCACGAUGAAACAUCGGAUACAACGUCUCUACGGUCUAAUAACAAAACUGGAAGAAUUAGGAUACAAUGUGAGGCUUGAUCCUUAUGAUAUCUGGGACCAGCUUGAAAUCACAGUUAAUGAAGUGAUAAUCUUCAAAUGUCGACAGACGUUUUUAAAAUAUAACUGUGAACAUGAUGAAGACCCUGUAUGCAGGAGAGCAGUUGAAGCUGUGACAGAGAUGUAUCCAAAAAUAAUUACUGCUGCACUAGCUGUGGAAAAAGUUGAAGAAUUACCACCAGAAAGUCAUCCAGCAGUUGCAGUUCUGUGUGAUCUCAUCAAUUCCCUUCCAUUACCAGAGACUCCAGUGGAAGAAGUCCUGAGGACACUGUUGGAGUCUCUGCCACUCAUUGACACUAUUCCAGAAUCAAUUAUUUAUUCCCUCCUAAAGACACUUUGGCUCUCUGACAGUGUUCCAGAGGGAAUGAUUCUUGAACUGGUACGUAAAAUUCCGACAUAUGCUCCAGAUGCUGCUUUAAGUGCAUUGAUGGAAUCUGUCAUGCAGAGUGCUGCAAAGUAUCCUCCACAUGCAAUUUUACGUGAAAUGCUUCGACGGCUGCCAAUACCGACAAAAUGCAAAUGCAGAGAAAAGAAGCAGCCACCACCAAAAGUGCGUGUUACACCAAUGGUUUGUACAUGUAAAUCAUUAAGUGAAAUAGAAGUAAGUGACAUAAGAAUUAGUGAAACAGGGAUAACUGAAAGAGCAAGAAGUGAAACAGCAAUAAGUGAAAUGAGAAUAAGUGGGACAGGGAUAAUCGAAAUGACAGUAAGUGAAACAAGAGUAUCUGAAACAGAAGAAGACAAAACAAAAGUCAAUGAUGAACCAGAAGCAACAAGGCAUGUCAGUUGGGGCGGUGAAGAAGACAGUCCAUAAACAAAAUUAGCAGGAAAAUUGUAGCUAACUUAAGGAUUCUACUAAAAAGCUAGAUAUUUCACUUAAAUUGAAAAACUGCAAAAUAAAAUCUAUUACACUAUAAACUGAAUUUAAGAAGGUUAGUGAUUUUUUACAAAGAAAGAAAUGGAAAAUACAAAUGAACAG